UAAAGCGGAGCUGUUUUCUCCUAGCGGGUAGACUGGUGCAGUUCUGCGCUAUUGCACAUGACGGGGGUUUAAUGGCAGCGUUGCCUCGGUGAAGCUGUUUCCCCCCCCCCCCCGAAGAAGGACCCUUGCUCGGGCGCUGUCCUCACCGGGGGGUUUAAGAUUCGGACCGCUGCCCCGGGACUGAGCAGGAACACACGCGCUCUUGUGUCCGAUAAGCUUUAAAACAUGGCUGGAAAUCCGAAGAAAGGCGGCGGGCUGAUCGGCAUGAUGAAGGACGCGUUUCAGCCUCACCAUCACCUUCACCACUCCCAUAAUCAGCCCGGAGCCGUGGACAAAAAGACGGUGGAGAAGUGCUGGAAACUUAUGGAUAAGGUGGUGCGAUUAUGCCAGAAUCCAAAACUGGCUCUUAAGAACAGUCCUCCGUACAUCUUGGACCUGCUGCCCGACACCUAUCAGCAUCUUCGCACCAUCCUGUCUCGCUACGAGGGCAAGAUGGAGACGCUGGGCGACAACGAAUACUUCCGCGUCUUCAUGGAGAACCUGACGAAAAAGACGAAACAGACCAUCAGCCUGUUCAAGGAGGGAAAGGAGCGCAUGUACGAGGAGAACUCGCAGCCGAGACGGAACCUGACCAAACUAUCGCUGAUCUUCAGUCACAUGCUGGCUGAACUCAAAGCCAUCUUUCCCAAUGGCCUGUUCCAGGGGGACAACUUCAGAAUCACCAAGGCAGAUGCAGCAGAGUUCUGGAGGAGAUCCUUUGGUGACAAGACUAUCGUCCAGUGGAAGGUGUUCCGACAGGCCCUGCACGAGUUUCAUCCCAUCACCUCAGGCCUGGAAGCCAUGGCGCUCAAAUCCACCAUCGACCUCACCUGCAAUGACUACAUCUCCGUCUUUGAGUUCGACAUCUUCACCAGACUCUUUCAGCCAUGGUCAUCUCUGCUGCGAAACUGGAACAGCCUCGCGGUGACUCACCCGGGAUACAUGGCCUUCCUCACCUACGAUGAGGUCAAAGCCCGCCUACAGAAGUUCAUCCACAAGCCCGGCAGCUACAUUUUUAGACUGAGCUGCACACGGCUGGGUCAGUGGGCCAUCGGGUACGUCACGGCAGAUGGAAAUAUCUUACAGACGAUUCCCCAUAAUAAGCCUCUCUUCCAGGCUCUCAUCGACGGUUUCCGGGAAGGAUUCUAUCUGUUCCCUGAUGGCCGCACCCAGAACCCGGACCUCACGGGGUUGUGUGAGCCCUCGCCGCAAGACCAUAUCAAAGUCACACAGGAGCAAUAUGAGCUCUACUGUGAAAUGGGCUCGACCUUCCAGCUGUGCAAGAUCUGUGCCGAGAAUGACAAAGAUGUGAAGAUCGAGCCGUGCGGCCACCUCAUGUGCACCUCCUGCCUCACUGCAUGGCAGGAGUCGGAAGGCCAGGGAUGCCCGUUCUGUCGUUGUGAGAUCAAGGGCACCGAGCCUAUCGUGGUGGACCCGUUCGACCCCAAGGACAACAGUGGAGGCUCCUAUGGAGGAUGCAGGGGCAUGUUUGGAGCGGAGGGGGCACCUUCACCCAGCUACGAUGAUGACGACGAUGACAGAUUAGAAGAUCCUCCUCUCAUAAUGAGCAAGCUAGCUUGUAGUAAGGUGGAGAGACCCUCAUCCCCACUGUCAAUGCCUCCUCAAUCGUCUCUGCCCCCUGUGCCUCCACGUCUAGACCUGCUACCACACAGAUCGCCUAACCCUCCAGGGGCCUCCAGUCCCGGGGCCACAUCCAAGGCUUCAUCACACCAUAAAGACAAGCCGUUACCACUGCCUCCAACUCUCAGAGACCUCCCCCCUCCGCCUCCUCCGGAGCGGCCUCACUCCGCCGGACCUGACGUGAGACUCCCGAGACGCCCGCUGCCCUGCACGCCUGGAGAACCACCCCGCGAUAAACCACCGCCUGCUCCACCCAACCGCAACAUGGUCGACUGGAACCCACGCCCAGUGCCCAAAGCUUUCUCCCAAGUGCCUUCUGUGGGAGCAGAGUCUCGCGGGACACGAGAGCUCUCCAACCGACACUCCCUUCCGCUGGCACUGCCCUCGGCUCUCGAUUCCCAGAGAAACAGCUGUUCUGUCAGUCUGGACCACCAGCUGAGUUUUGGUGCUUCGGCGUCAGGAGGAGCCGAGUAUGACAACCCUAAAGUGAAGCCUUCUGCUUCGGCCAAUGCCAUCUAUUCUCUUGCGAUCAGACCCCUUACUGGACCUGGAGGGGAGGAUGACUGUGAGAACGACGAGGAUUCCGACUACAUGACUCCCAGCUCUCUGCCUGCACUGCCAUCCAUGACUCCUUCUCUAGGCGAGGCAGUGCCUAGACCUCCCCAACCCAACUCUCUCAACUCCAGGAGCCUGCUUAGUUGUGAUCUGGACUCUGAAGGCUCUCAGAUGUAUGAAGCCAUGUACAACAUUCAAGCCCAGGCUGCCAGUGCCACUCUGCCAUAUCACGCCAACGAUUCAGACUACUCUGAAUUGCCUCCAUUAUUGAGCACCAACGGGCCACAAAAGGUGGACAGUGAUGAGGACGAAAACGGCUAUGACAUUCCUAAACCUCCUUUGCCUAUAACCCGCCGCACACUCUCAGAAGUGGGCAGUUCGGCCUUCAGCCGCCACUCUGUGGAAAGUGAGUCAGGAGCGGCAGUCUCGUGCGACUCUGCAGAGCUCCCCGAGCGGCCUCCCAAACCCCUGCCUCGCCGCAUCAACUCGGACCGCAGGCCUAGCCCCGUCCCCCUUGGCGCGGCGUUCGGCACCCCUCAGACCAGCAGCCCGCAGAUCAGCAGCCCGCAGAUCAGCAGCGAGAUCGAGCUGCUCAUGAGCCAAGGCUACUCCUAUCAGGACAUUCAGAAAGCUCUGAUGAUUGCACAGAAUAACAUCGAGAUGGCCAAGAACAUCCUGCGUGAGUUUGUGUCCGUCCCGUCCGCAGAGCGCAUCCUCACAUAGCGGCCCCUCCCGACCCCAGAGCAAGUCCUAAACUCUCUCCUGCUGUUCGCUUCAGGGCUCGCCUCUGCUGACCGUCAGACUCUGGCUUGUUUUUUUUUCUUUCUGGCUCCAGCAAGCAAGAGCGAGACUCUUGAAGUGUGCCUCGCGGCGUCGCACAUGCUCCGAGGCUUCCGGUCAAACUCGAGGACAGUGAAAUUGUGUGUUUUAUAUGGUAAUUUAAUAUAUAAGUCCAUAUGGUUAAAUAUAGUUAAUAUAUACAUCUAGGAUAAGGAGAAGGUUGUGGGGUGACUGAAGUGUAAUUGGGGGAAUCAUGUAUCAGGCCUGAGAGCGUGUUGGAAAAACGAAACUGCAGCUUAUGUAAUACAUGGCCUUCAUGUGUUUCGGUACUUCAGUGUGUGUGCGUGUGUGUGUGUGUGUGUGUGUGUGUGUGUUUUCUAACGUGGCAUGGCAUGUGUGAAAGUAGCAGACCAUGAUCCGCAUUUCAAGGUGCCCGUGGGUGGAUUUGUCGUGUACCGGUGAUCUUUAGUCACUUUGUUCUCCUUGGCGUUGGCGUACGUGGAAUUCUGGGGCUGUGUGAUGAUGUCACUGGAUGCUGAUGAAAUUGGCUUUACCCAACAUCUUUCAUCCGCGUUGCCUAUGCUGCUGUGUAGCAUUACUGUAACUGUUAAACAGUUGCGAGGACGUGUUUGCAGACGCUUCGGAAUUGCCCGUGUUACCUGAUAAUAAACAUCUGUCUGAGCUAAUAACACACAAAAUUGUACGUCCAUGUCUUUAUCUAACAGCUGGAUUAAAUAUGAAUAGGUUGCGCUCUAUUACGCUCGCUACACGGACACAAUUGGCUGUGUCUGAGGGGGGUGGCUGAGGCCCCAAAAUGGAUUGGCUUCCUGGCUGGGUGAGUUCCAACUCUGAGCUGUGUUCCUCCACAACCUAGGCCAUAAAAGAGUGAGUGCACUAUGUUCCAAAAGUAUAUGGACACCUGACUAUGACUUUGUUGACAUCCUGUUCCAAAACCGUAGGCAUUAAUAUGCACAUCAUAGCUGAUUUGUGCUUAUAACAGUUCCCAUAAUUGGCUAUGUCUGAGGGGGGUGGCUGAAGCCUCAUGGAUGGAUUGGCUCCCUGGCUGGUUGAGUUCCAGUUUUGCGCUGUGAUCCCCCACAACCUAGGCCAAAAAAUAAGGGAGAGCACUAUGUUCCAAAAGUAUAUGGACACUCGACUUUGACCCUGUUGACAUCCUGUCCCAAAACCAUAGACAUAGACCAUAGACAGAAUAUGCACUUUGUAGUUCUACAAUUACUGACUGUAGUCCAUCUGUUUCUCUACAUCUUUGUGCCUCUAACAGCCCCCAUUUCUAAAGGAUUUUGGGGUGUCUCUGAGGGUAAUUCUGCCCAUUGAGUCUGAAAAAAAAGGCACCGAUUGUUAAUAUAAAGGUCUGACUUCCAAUUCAUCCCAGAGGUGUUCAUUAGGGGCUUCUACACCACACUUGUCAAAACAAGUCUUUUUGGACUGAAACCACUUCAUCUUAUUAAUUUAGGGCAGCUGUACCCUAGUGGUUAAGGUACUCGUCCAGUAAUCAGAAGGUUGCUGGUUCAAGUCUCACCACUGCCAUGUUGCCACUGUUGGGCCCUUGAUCAAGGCCCUUAACCCUCAAUGGCUUAUAUUGUAUACUGUCACAACUGCAAGUCGCUUUGGAUAAAAGCGUCUGCUAAAUGUCGUUAAUGUAAUUUGAAGGGUUGUCCACAUACUUUUGGGACCGUGUAGUGUAAGUCAACCUCUAAGCCACCAGCAGCUUCCAAAAAUCUGUUAUUGCAAUUCAUUAAUUAAAAUAUUAGCAUUGUGUAGAGACAUAAUUGCUACUCUUUUGAGCAGUAGGCGUCCUUUAGGGAUCACACUGGGAGCAAAACGUGCAGUGCUGACUGAUGGGUAAAUAAAAAACGACCCUAGGGUUACAGCCACAGGUCUGAAAAUCCCUCCCUGUUUGUCAGGAUUGUCUACGACACGCUAGGAACAAUGCUCUCUGGAAGGCAGCACUAGGGUGCAUCAGUACCUAAAUUUGCUUUGCUUUUUCAAGCCUUGAAGAUCUUGCAGUCAUUGAGGGACCGGUGACUUUAGAGGUCUAUAAUCAAUAAGGUGCCCAAGUGGGCCAGCGUGAUGGAUCGCUAUCCUCCGGUCGGGCCUCUACUCAGACAUGAUCGCUAUGGAUUGGCGCCUUGUCCAGGAUGUUCCUUCUUCCGCCCAGGUUAGGGUGCAUCAGUACCUAAAUUUGCUUUGCUUUCUCAAGCCCUCACGCCCUUGUAUUCAUUGAGGGACCAAUGACACAAGGAGUCUAUAACUAUUAACAUAUGGCACUCAAGUGGCCCAGCUGAGCUAUCCUCUUGUCUGGCCUCUACUCGGACAUGAUCGCUAUAUCUGAGAGGCAGGAUGGCUGAAUCCCUGAGAUGGAUUGGCGCCUUGUCCAGGAUGUUCCCUCUUCCGCCCAAGGUUUCCCAGUCGCCCACCCUGACCAAGAUAAAUCACUCUAUGAAAUUUAAACAACUACGCCUGAAGAUCCGACCCUUCCAUGAGCAAUUCGUUCAGAAUUUUAGCGUCUGCAAACUUGUUUCUCGCAACUGUGUGUUCAUAGCGCAGUAUAUCAUACUGCAAACUCGUUUCACUCCGGUAACAUAAACCAAGGUGACGGAUUGUAAAAUCUGCACCAAUAUAUAGUGUAAUUAUUAAAUGAAUCCUGAAGCAGGUUGGGAUUCAUAUUUGUGUUGUAGCCUUCGUUUGGUGUCAUUACUAUAGUUGUGGAUGAUGAGCUUUUAUACAGUACGUGCGCUCUUUUUCUUGAGGCACUGUUCUCUCCGGCACGUUAGGACACAAAGUCGUAAAGCUUUGUGCUGAAUAAGUGUUUGCUUAUACUGGCCGUGCUUCUGUGUUAAAUCAGGACUAAGAUCUUGAAGAUUUUGGCUUGUCUGAAGCUUAUUAUCUAAGUGAAAUUAUCGAUCACGUUAUUAUUAUUAUUGUAUUAUUGUCGUUGUUUUUUAUUAUUAAUUCAGAAGUGCUUUACUGCUGCUACUUGUUAGUGCUAAACAAUUA